AUGUAAUAUUAUUGCUAACUGCAUUCAUUACCAUAUACUUAGGUAUGCCUACAACCUGAUUGUACAAGGAAAGGACCACUUUGUGACAUGUGUAUUGAUACUCAUGAUACGCAUAUGAUUAAAAAUUUGGAUGUCUAUAUUAAUGAAUAAUUCAAAUAUUUAAACGCUGAAUAUUAAACUAAUAUUUUACAGAAACUUGAAUCACUUAAAGCAUUCUUUCAUAGUAAAAUAUCUUAAUUAUUAAUUGAUGUGAGUUAAAUAGAUGAGAAAAGAAAAAAAGAAUUAGUGAAGUAAUUAAAAUAAGAGAAAAUGAGUAUUUAAUAAUUCUAAUCUAAAUUGAUUGAGUUAGUUUAAAGAGAUUAAUUAAAAGAUAGAGAAUAUUUAGAAUCAUUUUAUGAACAGAUUAUAGAUAUUGAAAAAUAGAUUAAAUAAGCAUUUUCUUAAUUACCUAUUAAAUAAGUUUAACCUGUAUUAUUACCUUAAACACCUUCAUAAUCUUAGAGUAUUCUCAACUAUAAAUCCAAUUUAUCUGAAGGAAAAGAAAUUUCUCCAGAAUUAACUAAUCGAUCAAAUCGAUCAAAAGAACCUAUUUUUUAAUAAAAAUAAGCAAGUAUUUCACCAAUAAGAAAGUAACUAUUAUAAAGAGAUUUAAUGCCAGUUGGUUCAUUUAAUAAUUCAAAAUUAAAGAAUUAUUUCACUGAAUAAGAUUCUUAAUAAUCUGCUAGAAGUAAAUAGGAUACAUAAAAUUCAUUCAAAAUCACAAAACCAUUUGAUUUAGAUAAAUCAUCUGAUAAAGUAUAAAAUUAGGAAAGUUAUCAAUCAAAAUAAAAAUCAUAAAAUUCUUCUUUUGAAAUACAAAGACCAGUAGAACCUUUUAAAGUUAAUAAUAUGUAAACUUAAUCUAUAGAUAUAUUACCUAAAUCUCCAGGAUCCAAAACAUUUGAUAAAUCUCCAAAAAAUAAUAAGUCUUAAUAAUAAUAAAGUGUUUUCAAAUAUAUUUAAUAAGAAUAGCCAAAUUAAACUGGUUAUUUUGCUAAUCAAAUAUCUUUAACAUAAAAUGAUAAUAAAAGUAUUUUAAAAGAUAAUAUGUUUUAUCUUUCUAAUGCUUCAUAAAAGGAUGAGAAACAAUAAAAUUCUGAUUUUAUUCCUGCUACAAGUGAAAUAUUAAAUUAAUAUUAAGACAAUUAAAUUAAUGAAGAUAAUAACUAAAAAAAUCAAUAUUCAGUUUUUAAAGAUAAUUAAUAAACUUAUGAAUAGCAUUUUUCAAUUUCAAAUUAACUUCUAUUCGAACCUACAGAAUAAUUUGUAAUUUAAUAAUAAAAUAGUAUUAAAUAGUCUAAUUCAUUAUAAUCAAACUUUUCAGGUUAAUAACUUAAAGAUAAUAAAUCAUAAUUAGAUUUAUCAUAUAUUAGUUCUAAGUAAAUAAAAUUAAUAAAUUAGGUCUAUUGGUCCACCUUAAGUUAAAUUAACUCCAAAUUUAUUAAAUCCUUUAUCAAUAGAAUAUGAAUAAACACUAAAAGGUCAUGAUAAAAGUGUAAAAGAUCUUGCAUUAAUGGAUGGUGAUAAAAUUAUUACAUGUUCUAAAGAUACUUCAAUUAAAAUAUGGGACAAGUAUAUUAUUUAAAUAUAAUUAUAGACGUUCAAGAUAAUUGAAAAUGACUCUUAAGGAACAUAAAGAUUAAGUUUUAUGUGUUGCAUUUUCAAAGAAAAGAAUUAUUGCUAGUGGAUCAGUUGAUAAAACAGUUCGUAUAUGGAAACCAUGUCCUUUUUGGAAAUAAGUUUAUGUUUGUGAAGGACAUGCAGAUAGAAUAAGAUGUUUAGAAUUUGUUGGAAAUUAUAUUGCAUCAGGAUCAGAUGAUACAUAUGUUAAAUUUUGGGAUUAUGAUGGAUAAUUAUAACAUUCUUUUAAAACAAAUGCUAGAGUAAGUGCAUUAGUAGCUGAAAGACAUAAUUUAGUAAUAGCAAGUGGAAAGAAUCUUAUUUUAUAUGAUACUUAAACAAAUAAUAAAAUAUUAGAUGUGAGUGGUCAUAAGAAUUUAAUUUUAUGUUUAGCAUUGUCUAGUAAUAAUUCUUAAAAUAGUGGAAUUUUAAUAAGUGGUUCAAAAGAUAAUUGUAUAAAAAUAUGGCAAUAUCCAAAACUUUAAGAAUUAAGAAAUCUUGAAGAAGAUUAUCCAGUUCAUUCUAUAAGUUUUGAUCCUGAAUCUUAAUAUUUAUUUGUAGGAUUGAUGGGUUUUGAAUAAGAAGGGAAAAUAUCAGUAUGGAAAUUAGAUACUUAACCAUAAAAGGUUUAAGAAAUUUCAAUGAAUCCUUAUGGAUGUAAUAAAGUUAUUUCGGAUGGUAAAUAUUUAUAUAGUGCUCAUGAAAAUAAGAGGAUUGAAUUCUAUACUAUUAAUUGA